CAGCGGGAGCGCGCGCGGCUCCGGGAGGCGGUGGCGGCGGCAGCGGCGGCGAGGGCGGCGCUCGCUCGCUCCCUCGCUCGGUGGCUGGUCUCGGGCUCCGAGGAGGCGGAGGUGGAGGAGGAGGAGGAGGCGGCGGCGGUGGCUCUCAACUGGGGGUUGGUUGGGAGGGCGGGUGGGGGGUGGUGGGAGAUUUGCUCCUCUCUGGGCUUGAUCGGCGGGCCCGCCCCCUUUCCCCCCACCCACCCUGCCCGGGUGUUUGGAGUUUGUGGCCCGGAGGCUCGGACCCGGGCAUCCACGGCGAACCCGUAACCUUGAGGAGGAAGAGGAGGAGGAAGAAGGCCGGGGCCAGGGCCGAGGUGGGGGGCGGACUCGGACGGGCUGUAGAGGAUCCUUUUCCCCCGGUUGCUGGCAGGAGAUGUCGAACCCCGGGACUCGGAGAAACGGCUCCAGCAUCAAGAUCCGGCUGACAGUACUUUGUGCCAAGAACCUUGCAAAGAAAGACUUCUUCAGACUUCCUGACCCCUUUGCAAAAAUAGUGGUUGAUGGGUCUGGUCAGUGCCAUUCAACUGACACUGUGAAAAACACAUUGGAUCCUAAGUGGAAUCAGCAUUAUGAUCUAUAUGUUGGAAAAACGGAUUCUAUAACCAUUAGUGUGUGGAACCACAAGAAAAUCCACAAGAAACAGGGAGCUGGCUUCCUGGGGUGUGUGCGUCUUCUCUCCAAUGCCAUCAGCAGAUUAAAAGAUACUGGAUACCAGCGUUUGGAUCUAUGCAAACUAAACCCCACAGAUACUGAUGCAGUUCGUGGCCAAAUAGUGGUCAGUUUACAGACCCGAGACAGAAUAGGCACUGGAGGCUCUGUUGUGGACUGCAGAGGACUCUUAGAAAAUGAAGGAACGGUAUAUGAAGACUCAGGUCCUGGAAGGCCACUUAGCUGCUUUAUGGAGGAACCAGCCCCAUACACAGACAGUACUGGUGCUGCUGGUGGAGGAAAUUGCAGAUUUGUGGAAUCUCCAAGCCAGGAUCAAAGACUUCAGGCACAGAGACUUCGAAACCCAGAGGUCCGAGGUCAUAUCCAGACCCCUCAGAACCGACCACAUGGCCACCAAUCCCCUGACCUACCUGAAGGCUAUGAACAAAGAACAACAGUCCAAGGACAGGUUUACUUUUUGCACACACAGACUGGCGUGAGCACAUGGCAUGACCCUAGAAUACCAAGAGACCUUAACAGUGUGAAUUGUGAUGAACUUGGACCCCUACCACCAGGUUGGGAAGUUAGAAGUACAGUUUCUGGGAGAAUAUAUUUUGUAGAUCACAAUAACAGGACAACCCAGUUCACAGAUCCAAGAUUACAUCAUAUUAUGAAUCACCAAUGCCAACUAAAGGAACCCAGCCAGCCUUUGUCAGUGCCGAAUGAAGGGUCAUUAGAAGAUGAAGAACUUCCUGCCCAGAGAUAUGAGAGAGAUUUAGUACAAAAAUUAAAAGUCCUUAGACAUGAACUUUCUCUUCAACAGCCCCAAGCUGGGCAUUGCCGCAUAGAAGUAUCCAGAGAAGAAAUUUUUGAGGAAUCUUACCGUCAGAUAAUGAAGAUGAGACCAAAAGACUUGAAAAAGAGGUUAAUGGUGAAAUUCCGUGGCGAAGAAGGCCUAGAUUAUGGUGGAGUGGCCCGAGAGUGGCUCUAUUUACUGUGCCAUGAAAUGUUGAAUCCGUAUUAUGGACUCUUCCAGUAUUCUACAGAUAAUAUUUACAUGCUGCAAAUCAAUCCAGACUCUUCAAUCAACCCUGAUCACUUGUCUUAUUUUCACUUUGUUGGUCGGAUAAUGGGUCUGGCUGUGUUCCAUGGACACUACAUCAAUGGAGGUUUCACAGUUCCUUUCUACAAACAGCUACUGGGAAAACCCAUUCAGCUAUCAGAUCUGGAAUCAGUUGACCCUGAGCUACACAAGAGCUUAGUUUGGAUUUUAGAGAAUGACAUCACUCCUGUGUUGGAUCAUACUUUCUGCGUAGAACAUAAUGCUUUUGGGCGGAUUCUUCAGCAUGAGCUCAAACCAAAUGGUAGAAAUGUUCCUGUUACAGAGGAGAACAAGAAAGAAUAUGUCCGGUUGUAUGUAAAUUGGAGGUUUAUGAGAGGAAUCGAGGCUCAGUUCCUAGCACUUCAGAAAGGAUUUAAUGAGCUCAUCCCCCAACACUUACUAAAGCCUUUUGACCAGAAGGAGCUUGAGCUCAUAAUAGGAGGCCUGGAUAAAAUAGAUCUGAAUGAUUGGAAGUCAAAUACCCGUCUCAAGCAUUGCAUGGCAGAUAGCAAUAUUGUAAAGUGGUUCUGGCAGGCGGUCGAGACAUUUGAUGAAGAAAGGAGAGCCAGGUUGCUGCAGUUCGUCACUGGUUCAACACGAGUUCCUCUCCAAGGCUUCAAGGCUUUGCAAGGUUCUACAGGCGCCGCAGGACCCAGGCUAUUUACCAUCCACUUGAUAGAUGCAAAUACAGACAACCUUCCUAAGGCCCACACCUGCUUUAAUCGGAUUGACAUUCCGCCUUAUGAGUCUUAUGAAAAGCUUUACGAGAAGCUGCUGACAGCUGUGGAAGAGACAUGUGGGUUUGCCGUGGAGUGAAGAGGAGACCAAAGGAAAUGGAUAUGAGCUCAUGGACCCCUGUUGUAAAGCUUAGAAGCUUUCUGUGGGCCUCCUGCUAGGCUGGCUGAGGCUUUGGAACACUUAGACAGCCCUGAGGAAAGGGUUGUCUUCCCUCCUUUUUGGUGGGGAGGGACUUUUGUCGGUGGCUCCUACCCAUACUUUCUUCCUUUAUUACAAUACCCUCUCUCCCCUUCCAUCACCCAUCCAAUAAAAUACAGCCAAGUUCAACAUUUGGCUUUGGUUACACAGGAUAUUCUGCUAGACAUGUAACACAUAUUGUGAUAGGGUCAAUGACCUGUGGUCUUUUAUAGGAGCAUCAACCUACAGUUAGGUAACGGAGCUUGGUUUAACUGAGGACUUGCAGCUGGUAGAUGCACUCAGCUGUGUUCUGUCUCAAAGCCCCUUCGAGGUCCCCUUUGAGUUCAGUAGCUGCAGAUAUCUGACCAGAGCUGAAAUUCCAAAUUGCACACCGUAGCAGGCCAUUAUGAAGGGAUAACCAAUUAAUUUCUAACCGAAAAUAAAACUGCAUAGUGUACGCAUACUGAAUGACAGAAAGAAACGGCUAAAACUCUGCCAUAGCCAGAAGCUCUAGGUAAGAAGAGUGGUUCACCUUGGGAAGGACAAAGGAAUCCAGGCAGCUUUUUCUGAAGGCUCGAGGGAGUUCUUUUGGGGGGUACUUAUUCAAACUUUUUUGCACAUGGGAACAAUUUUCUUUCUUCUGAAGAGGGCCUUGUCCCUUAUGUCUGUCCAGUUUCAAAUGUUUUUCCAGUAAAAACACCACCUAGUGGAGCCUGUAUGAGGAACAGACCAAGUAUCCAACCUAACCAAUUAAUCCCCAACCUGUGAUUUCCAUACCGCCAUUUUACCUGAUAGAGCAACCAUUGUAUGACUUGAAAUUGUAACCGAUUUUUUUGUUGUUGUUGAGGAAAUUGCUAAAAGCUAAACUGUGGAACAAAGUUCUGUUCUUAAAAGUCAUUGGCCUUUUGAAAGGCAGCUUGGAAGGGAGUGGGAAAAGGAGAUAACUGCAGAGACUAUCUAAUUUUGAUUUAAAUUUGAUUUUUAAAAUGAUCACAAAGAUUUAAAGCUGUCAUCAGCAAAGAUGAGAUGAUUUCACAGUGCUGUCUGUUCCCCCCAGUGUCUUAAGCUAACAAAGGUUGGUGCUCAAUUCACUUGCCAAGACAGCUUCCCUAUCAGAGGAAGACCAAUGCAAGUUCAGGUUGUAAGUUGCUAACAGUUUUUCCAAUUUGCACAAAAGAUCAGACAGUAUUUUUUUAAUGGCAUGAUUUCAGAAAGCUAUAAUUUCAGUUAAAAACAACAGAUCUGAUUGUACAGGGCAUUUUUGUUUUAUUUCAUUUUUGGCAAAUCCAGGGGUAAUUCAUUAGCAAGAUAUUUUGCAGCUAUUCAGUAUACAAGUUAAAGCCCCGUGAUUCAGCUGUAGGUCUGAGCUGAAUUAGAAAAUACCUCCAGGAAUAUUCUACUUUAUCCUUCUCCCCCGACCCCUCCCCCCAAAACAUAAAAGGCAUUGACAUUGCCAGUAAUUCUAAACUGUAACAGAACAGUUCAUAAAUUGUGAUAAGCAGUUACCUACUCUUCCAAAUCCUGAUAGAUUUUUUUUCUGUUGUCUUUCUAUCUGAGUGAAUUGUAAGUUAACGUAGGGAGUAGAAGGAACUUGAUGUAUGAAAGUGUACCCUAUUUUUCAAAUCUGGUUUGCACAGUUUGGAGAGGAUUUUUGUAGCAGAAUUUGGACAGUUGCUCCCUUCAGUUUGGUUCUGGGACCUUAGCAACAAUUUUGGAUCACUGAGAUUCUUCAGAAGCAGAAAGGAUAUUGCUUCAAACUGCUGUAAUAGGAAGAUUCAAUAAACUGCUCCAAAUUUCUCUCUUGGAAUUCUCUUAGGUACUUGAAUUCUAGAGUCUUGGCUUAUGGCCCUAUAUAAACAUGACCACUUCUGGUUGUCCCCUGGAAGUUCUGCCCAAACAAUUGUGUACAAUUUUUGCUAUAAUUGUCCUCUUUUGACAACUGAAGAGGAAAAGACUGGUCCAGGGAUUUGUGGCAACCUCAAAAAUUAUAUAGGCUAUACUAGUAUUUCCCAACCAUAAUCUAGAAUCUGAAAAGCUUUUAAAACCAUGUUGUUUGAUUUGACAGUCUUUAAAACUACCUCCUCUAUGCCAACAACAAUGAGGAGAAAGAACCACCCUCUUAAAAUUCUGUAGCCAAUCUGAUAGCUUUUAAAGAAUGUCCAGAGAAGCCUGAGUGGUCAGCAUCUGAUAUCAUACCUUUGUGUCUCUGUCUCUCUGUCUCUGUCUGUCUCUCUCUGUCUCUGUCUGUCUGUCUGUCUCUCUCUCUCUGUCUCUCUGUCUCUCUGUCUCUCUGUCUCUCUGUCUCUCUCUCUCUCUCUCUCUCUCUCUCUCUCUCUCUCUCUCUCUCUCUCUCUCUCUCUCUCUCUCUCUCUCUCUCUCUCCCUCCCUUCCUCCCUCCCUCCCUCCCUUCCCCUCCCCUCCUUUCCCACUCUCUUUCCUGUCAGGUUGCUAACUAGACAGUCAAGAUUUUGUUACGUUGCCCAAAAUAAGCAGAAUUUUUCAGAGCUCUAGUUGUCUCCUUCCAGACAAUCCCUACAUCACUUAAAACAUUGCACUUCAAGAACCUUGAAUGUGUAAGGUGGUUAAGUCCUUGUUGGACCUUCCCAAAGAAUAAAAUGUGGCAAGUAAAUUGUAAGCCCUCCUUAUGUCUUUCCCAUGUAUCCGCUUAGAAGAGGGAGCGAGGGAGGGCACUUGUGAAAUCAUCUUGAAGCAUGAUCUCAUUUGCCUUUCUCCUCUGGGAUGCAGGACAAACUCCCCCACUUCCUCACCCCAAUGUCCUCUUAUUCCAGGGGUACAACUUUCCAGGCUUGCCUUCACAAACUGUCAUCAGCCUACACUAUACACUCAGGGAUGUAGGAAAACCACCAUUCUGCUUGUGUUUGAGACAGGAAAGAGGAGAGGAGGCUGACUCUUCAUGUUUGGGUUGAAAGUGAACGGAGACCCCUUGAUUUCUGAAAAGCAGAAAUUAUCAGUUCUGUUGGUGAAAGUGUAAGCUUGCUUAUUUAGCAGUAUGGUCUAAAUUCAGGUUGAGGUGGUCGUGAAAUCUGUGAGAUUUCAAGCAAAGUCCUUUCUGUAGAGAAACCACCAUCACCCUCACUUUCUGGAGCCAGUGCCCAAGUCCCUGCUGCUCCACACAGCCUCCCAGAGACACAGUAUACAUUUUUUUAAUUUGUUUAUUUUUGUUCCUCAACCACUUUAUAAUGUAUUUUUUUAAUUUAUUUUGUAAUGUCUUGUUUUUAAGUAUUGCUGCUAUCCUUGUUAUUCUUCCCACUGUUUUUAUUGCUGAUUUAUUUUGUGAAAGUUGUACACUAAUGUUUCAUUUUAUGUCUAAAUCAAAAGUAUUUAAAGAAAUACUAGUUCUAUUUAAUGUGGUUAUGGAACCAGCUGGAAAUAAACAGUGAUUGUAUAGUAGGCUGGACCCAGGAGGUCAUGUUCAUUUUUGUUACAUAUGCAAUAAACUCACAACUUUACAUUUUUUGGCA